AUGGCUGUAAACUUCUUUAAAUUCCGAGAUCAUUACCAUGCUCUGGCUAGAUGUCUCGAACUGGAAUGGCGUGCUGGUCAUGUUGAGCAGGCUGAUAAAUUCCUAAAAAGAGCAGUCGAGAACAAUCCAAGAGCUUCAGUCGACGCUGGCUAUAAUUACUGUAAAGGAUUGCAUGAAUGGUUCUCUGGGGAACCGAAUGCCGCAUUACAAGCGUUCAAUCGAGCCAGACAAGAUCUUGAAUGGGGCGAGAGAGCACUGUAUAAUAUGAUCGAGAUUGUUCUCAAUCCGGAUAACGAAAUUAUUGGUGGUGAAGCUCGGGAUCCACUUGAAGAAAGCCCGUUUUUCGGUUACAAUUUUAGAACAGACGAUGCUGAUCGAGAAAUGGCUGCAAAAACCGCAGAGCGCUUUUUGAAGGAAGUAACGUUUAAGAACAACAAUUCUAAGUAUAUGCUUAUGGAGAACUCAAUUUUGGUUGCCAGCGGAGUUCGUAGUAACAUUCAGAGGGCACUCGAUAAGCUACUGCCAGUACUAGGAAAUGAAGGGGAGAAGGUAUGCAGCGUAGGCGCUGUGUUGGUGGUGGCAAGAGCGUAUAUGUUACUAAAGCAAACGCCGAAAGCAAAAGCUGUGCUUAAACGAGUCAUUGCCCAUCCAUGGUCAUUGGAGGAUGCAGAUUAUCUUGAGAAAUGUUGGUUGCUGCUUGCUGACUUAUACAUAAAUCAGAACAAGUCCGAGCAAGCAGACGGUAUUCUGCGUACAGUAUUGCAGCAUAACGCGAGUUCGAUAAAAGCGUUUGAGUUUCUUGGAUAUUUACGAGAACGAGAACAGAAGUUCGGUGAUGCUGCUGCGAACUAUGACGAUGCAUGGAAAUUGAGCCGAAUGCGAAAUCCUGCCAUCGGGUACAAGCUUGCCUAUAAUCUGCUCAAAUGCAAGCGACUUUUUGAUUGCAUCGAAGUGUGCCAUCAGGUGUUGAAGGCAUAUCCUACAUAUCCAAAGAUCAAGAAGGAAAUCAUGGAUAAAGCAAGAAUGAGCAUAAGAUCUUGA